CUUCUACCUGGAUUUUUCGCUUUAAGUUCUUCCCAUCUUUCUUGGGAACACAUUCCUUUCGACUUUCUUUGGUUUAUUUCUUAUUGUCUUUUCGUUGCACAUGCCUCUGCUACCUUCCAUUUAUGCUGAAGCGCAGAAACUUCCUGAUUAUAGGUAAUACGAGGACUCUAGGCAUCAGCAACUCAUGACCCCGAUCGCUCCUCUCUUUUCCUCUCAUAACUCAGGCCUUCUGGCCGUACCGCUCUCUAAAUAUGCACCACCACGGCGCCUUUCAUUUCAGCGAGAUCAUCAAUCAACUCAUCUCCACCAUUGCACCUUUCUCAGGCCUCAUCCUAACAAUAACCGCUUGUGUCAUCGCCAUCAUCCGCCUCUACCUCCUCGACCUUGUCAUCAUCCCCAAAGCCUACUCACCCAAACUCCUCCAGUCUCUCACCGACGGCCAACGUCGCAGCUUCGUUAACCACCACGUUGCCGCAGGCACCAAAAUCGUCCUCCUCUUUAUAACGGCCUACCCCUUACUCGCGAUUUUCACCGGCCAUGCAACACCGCACACGCAUUUCGCCAAGGGGUCGUCAACGACCCUCGGAGAUGUCAUGGUCGUCUCUUCUCAGAUCUUCACCGCCAUGUAUAUCUUCGAGCUCUUCUACCGUGACAAGGUCUCUCCGAUCAGUUGCGCCCAUCAUGUUGGCGCGAUUGUUAUUGCGCAGGCAGCUGUGGCGAUGAGUAUCAAUUUCGAUCAUGAAAGCGAUGCGGUGUUCGAGUUUCUCAUUUGUUUCGUCUGGGGAGCCUUUGACGUAUUCGCCGAACUCUGGCCUCAUAUCGCUAUGAUCAUCUACCGCAUCCACAACUCCAACCACCUUCUGCUAUCCCGAAUCCUAUACAUGACCAUGGCCCUCGAGCUCGUCGGAACCACAGUCGAAACAGUGGUUGUCAUGUGGUUGUUUGGAAGCCUUUGGGAGAAAUGGACGCUAUCGCUCAAAAUCGCGACGCCGAUUCUGCAUAUACUUUUCUCGGCGGCCCAACUCUGGGGGGCGUGGAUUUUUUACAAGAUGGGGAAGGAACAGCGGUUGAAAUACGAAAAGGAUGCGCUGGUUAGUCCUGUGGAGGAAUGUUAAGAAAUUGGAACUUGCCUUUAUUUCAUACGGCGAGGUAAUAAGUCCCGACGGGUUUACUACUUAUGGGAUUGAUGGGGCCUGGCUAGGCAGUUGAUGAUCUACACAAAGAACGGAGUGGAGUCUGUACGCUAGAAUAAUUAUGAUUGAGUCUUAGGGUAGGGUAGAAUAUAUUAUAGGGUUAGUACAAAGGUUAAUGAGAGGGAUAGUCGAGAAUAAAUACAACUUUUUUAAUGCCAA